AUGCGAUACUCUGGAGCAGUAUUGGCGGGCCUUGCCGCCUUGGCACAGGGCCAGCAGCAGGCGCCAGGCGACGCCGCGAGCAGCUUUGACUGGGAUAAGCUGCCGCCCUCGACGGUGCUCUCGUACCGGCCCUGCUACGACGGCUUCGAGUGUGCGCGCCUGACGGUGCCCAUGGACUGGAAGGACGAGACCGACCCGCGUCUUGUCGUGCUGGCCGUGAUUCGGCUGCCGGCCGUCGUGCCCGUCUCGGACCCGGCUUUUGGCGGCACGAUCCUCACAAAUCCCGGCGGCCCGGGCGGCUCCGGCGUUGACAGCCUGCGCGGAGGCGGCGGGCGCAAGCUCCGCGACGCCCUCGACAAGCCCGGCGAGCGGCACUACGAGAUUUUGUCGUUUGACCCGCGCGGCGUCGGCCGCAGCUGGCCGCGCGCCAACUGCCUCCCGCACAACGACCUCGCACGCGACGCCUUUGCGUACGAGGAGCGCGGCGUCGGCAUUCUCGAUGGGUCCGAGCCGUCGGCCGUGCCCCGCAUACUCGGCAUGUACAAGAGCUUCCUGCAAAAGUGCGCCGCGGAAGAUGAGGCGGGCACGCCCGGCGCGGAGAUUAUGGGCUUCAUGAGUACGCCGAGUGUCGCGCGCGACAUGGUCCAGAUUGUGGACAAGAUUGACGAGCACCUCAAGGAGGAGAGGGUGGAACUAGACGAGGGCGUCGACGACAAUGACCGUGUCGAACUGCGAAAGAGAGGGCAUCACAAGAAGGACGUCCCACGUCUGCAGUACGUUGGCUAUUCGUAUGGUACCAUCCUGGGUAACUACUUUGCGUCGUUAUUUCCUGAGCGUGUUGGCCGCCUUAUUCUCGACGGCGUUGUUGAUGCCAAGGACUACUCGUCGGGACCUGGCUGGAUCACUAGCACGAUUGAUGCUGACAACAUCACCUCCCACUUUUACACUAGCUGCCAUGCUGCCGGCGCAUCUGUCUGCCCGCUCGUGCAGCCCAGCGACAAGUCGGGCGCCGACAUCCAGGCCCGGGUGGAAGACUACGUCGCCGCCCUCGCCGACGAGCCCGUGCCCAUCACGACGCCCGGCGGCGGCUUCUCCGCCCUGACCGCCGCCGACGUGCGCAUGGCCUCUGCCAUUACCAGCUACUCGCCCGGCACCUCCUUCAAACCGCUAGCCGCCUCCCUGGCCGACCUGCUCGCCGGCAACGCAACGUCGUUUGUGCAGCUCCUCGACAAGAUUGGCGCGUUCCCGCACCUCCGCGACGCGUGCGCCGUCGGGGACAGCAUCCGCGUGCCCGUCAUGCAGCUCGCCGUCAACGAGGCCAGCAUCGCCACGCGCUGCGCCGACGGCGAGGACGUGACGGGCAGGAACCUGACCUGGUGGCGCGACUUUGUCGCCAGCGAGAGCAGGACCUCCAAGACGUUUGGCAGCUUCUGGUCCAAGAUUCGCCUGCCGUGCGCCGGAUUUCGCUUCCCGCGCCAUUGGUCCUUCAACGGGCCCUUUACGACGCCGCGCUACGAGAGGACGUCGCGCGGACGGCCCGUAAAGGGCAAGCCCGCGGCGCCGCUGCUCUUCCUGUCCAGCCGCCUCGACCCCGUCACCCCGCUGCGGUCGGCGCGCAGAAUGGCCGCGCAGCAUCCGGGCGCUGCGGUGGUGGUGCAGGAGUCAAUGGGCCACUGCGCUCUUGGGUCCGCCAACAGCGAGUGCACCAGAGGCAUCGCGCGGGACUACAUGGACACGGGCAAGGUGCCGUCUCACGAGACGGUCUGCGAGUCGGACUUUGAUCCGUGGAACAAGGACGCCGAUGGCGGGGCGUCGAGCUUUGUUAUUGAUGCGCCGCGCUUUCCAUUUUAA